AUGGAUGCGGUGCCUGGGCGAGUGCCGCCGGACGAGACGGCACCCGCCAGAACUAGUGCGGACAACACUGGCAUCAAAUCGCCGCAGCAACACCUGCCAGAGCUGCCGCGUCAGGAUUCGCAUCAACACCGCCAACAUCAGCAUCACCAGCCGCACCAACAGGGCUGGGAUAUGACGGAUAAUGCACAUUCCACGCUACCUGGUGCCAUCCAGCGGAAGUCACGCCCGGAGGAACGGAGUAAAGACCGGUCUGGACGUUCGGAUGAUGAAGGUGACAGACCCAGGAGCAGGACCUCCUCGGACAAGCUUGUGGUACACCUCAUCAUUGGCUUCCGUGAUAUCUGCGUGUUUACACUAGUGCUACCGCUUGGUACCUUGUUCGUUUGCUUCGUCUCCGCUUACGUCUUCCAGCCAGAGGAAAUCCACGAGACGCACUGUCGGGUAUACAACAUUAUACCUUCGAUCAGCGCCAUUACUGGCGUCAGCCCGCAACGAUAUCUCUGGCGCGUCUCGAUCGCACUCCACAUCGGACCGCGCUUCAUUAUUGCCUUCGUCUACCGGAACUGGUAUCGCGCCAUGGCGGACAGCCUCAACGAUCCCGGCCGCCUGACGAAAGCUUGCCGGAUGAUCAAUGUUGUCUACUGGCUUAACUUGAUCGAGAUCAGUGCCCUGUGCGGUGUUACUUAUAUCUCCAACAAGGAAAACUACCCACUCCACGAGAAGGUGUUCAUCAUCUUCAUGACGACGUCACUGUCGUACAUGCUGGCGACGCUGAAGUUGCUGAAAAUCUUGCAACCUGACGGGCCGCAAACACCGAAUGAGGAGGCAUCGUUGCGUUACAAGCAGGCCUUCUUCGCGCUCUCGAUCGCGAGCACGAUCGGGUUAAUACUGUUUUUCCUUAAGCAUCGCUUCCUCUGCCAGGACCUCGCGUUUAGUUGGUUCGCUCUGUGCGAGUACAUCGUGGCGUCCGCCAACAUGGGCUUUCAUUGUACCACGAUGUUGGACUUCUCGACCGAGCACUUUUUGAUUGCCAAAAACGCGAAGCAGUACAAGAAGCAGCACACCUCACUCGGAUGGAAGCUCGACUGA